GAGAGGAGAGGAGUGGAGUCAGAGAAAGAAAGAAAAGUCAAGGCAAGCUGAACGUUUAUGAGAGUUAAGGACUGCUCGUGUGGUCGUGUAUCGGCAUGCAGAACUUCAGAUAGCAUUGAGUGGACGCUAACAAAAGGACACCAUCUUUUGAACAUAUUAAAUCUAAGAGCACAGCGGUUAAAAGUAAAUAAACGCGUCUAGUGGAUUCACCUAACCGUAGAGAUGGGCUUAAAAAGACACCGUUCGAAAACGCCAGCAGAUUUAUGCGCUCAGAGCUCUCGAUUCUGUGCGCUUCGCGGCGUAUUGAUCGCAGUUCUCCUGCCGCUGAGCGCUGCAUUUAAUUUGGAUGUGGAGAACCCCACUGUUUAUAACGGACCAAACGGGAGCUACUUCGGAUAUUCCGUGGAAUUUUACUUGAAUGAUUUGGCAAGUGUCAGCGUCCUGAUUGGUGCCCCCAAGGCGAAUACCAGCCAACCGAACGUCAUCGAGGGCGGGUCCGUGUACUACUGUCCCUGGAGCCUGAGCCAAUCACAGUGCAGUGUCAUUGAGUUUGACAGUCAAGGGGACCGCAGUUUCAAGGUUGAUGACACUGACGUCCAGGUGGAGUUCAAGUCCCACCAGUGGUUUGGUGCCACAGUGCGCUCCCAUGGCAGCAGCAUCCUGGCAUGUGCCCCGCUCUACUACUGGAGGACUAAAAACGACGAACCGCAAUCUGAUGCCACAGGAACUUGUUACCUCUCAGUGAAUAACUUCACCAAAUUUGUGGAGUACGCCCCCUGUCGGACAGAAAGGAAAGGUCAUGAAGGUCAGGGGUACUGCCAGGGUGGAUUCAGUGCUGACUUUACUAAGAGUGGAGAGGUGGUUGUGGGAGGACCAGGAAGUUACUUCUGGCAAGGUCAGCUGAUCGCAGCCACACAAGAGGAUAUCGUGAAGGCCUACUACCCCCAAUACUUCCUGCUCUAUGUGAAUGGGCAGAAAAAGACCAGUCAAGCGCAAGGCCAAUAUGAUGACAGCUACCUGGGCUACUCUGUGGCAGUAGGAGAGUUCAAUGGAGAUACAGUGGAAGAUUUUGUGGCAGGUGUCCCAAAAGGAGUCAUGCUCUACGGCUUGGUGUCUAUAUUUAACGGCGAUGAUUUGAAGUCGAUGCUAAACUUCACCGGUGAGCAGAUGGGCUCCUACUUCGGAUACGCCGUGGCAACCACUGACAUCAACAAAGAUGGUCUGGAGGACCUGCUGGUAGGCGCGCCCAUGUACAUGGUGCGGGGGUCGGGCGGGCGGCUGGAGGAGAUGGGUCGGGUCUAUGUCUACCUGCAGCGUGGCCCCCUGGAGAUGGAGCCCAGCCUCCCUCACCUCACGGGGACGCAGGAGUACGGGAGGUUCGGGAGCUCCAUCGCCCCCCUCGGAGACCUCAACCAGGACGGGUUUAAUGAUGUGGCCAUCAGCUGUCCCUUUGGUGGCAAAGACCAGCAGGGAGUGGUCCUCAUCUACAACGGACAUGCUGGAGGGCUCAAGGACAAGCCAUCUCAAGUAGUAGCAGGCCAAUGGGCGUCUGCUGGCAUACCCCCCAGCUUUGGCUACGCCAUCCGAGGAAACAAAGACCUGGACAUGAACGGCUACCCAGAUCUCAUCGUGGGUGCAUUUGGAGUUGACAAGGCUGUUCUGUACAGGGCUCGGCCUAUUGUCAACACCAGCGCCUCGCUGACGGUGUACCCCACCAUGAUCAACCCAGAGGAGAAGAACUGCAUGGUGAACCAUGGGAACGACAGCAUCCCUGUCUCCUGUGUCAACCUCAGCUUCUGCCUCUCAGCCAAUGGGAAGCACGUGCCCGACGAUCUAGGCUUUCUGGUUGAGGUGCAGCUGGAUCAUCUGAAACAGAAGGGCGCGAUAAAGAGGGCACUGUUUUUGGACACCCAACAGCCUGUCCUGCAGAAGAUGGUGAAGGUGGCCAAUGGGGCCCGCAUAUGCCACGAAACCAAGAUAUACCUGCGGGAUGAAAAAGAAUUUCGGGACAAACUCUCCUCCAUCUAUAUGGGUCUCCGCUUUCAUCUGGACCCCAACGCACCAGUGGACUCCCAUGGCCUCAAACCCAUCCUUAACUACCAGACCCAGGAGCUCAUCGAGCAGAAGGCCCAGAUUUUACUGGACUGCGGAGAAGACAACAUUUGUGUCCCCGAUCUGAAGCUGACAGUGCACGGUGACAGGAAGGAAGUCUACCUGGGUGACGACAACUCUCUGACCCUGACCUUCAACGCGAGAAACGAGGGUGAGGGAGGGGCGUACGAGGCCGAGCUGUACGUGGUGCUGCCCCCCGAGGCCGACUACAGCGGAAUAGCACGCAAUAACGAGAGCCUGACCCAGCUGACAUGCACCUAUGAGACUGAGAACCAGACCCGCUACCUCAGCUGUGACCUGGGAAAUCCCAUGAAGUCUGGCACGAGUUUGUGGGCAGGCCUGCGCUUCACUGUACCACGUCUUAAGGACACACGCAGGACGGUGCAGUUUGAACUACAGAUACGCAGUAAAAAUGAGAACAACUCACAGAGCGAGGUGGUACCCUACAAGCUGGAGGUGGCUGUGGUGGCUGAUGUCAUCUUGCAGGGUGUGUCUCGGCCAGACAAGGUCAUCUUCCCUCCCUCAAACUGGAAAGCGACAAAGAGCAAGCAGGUGGAGCAGGACAUCGGCCCUGCGGUUGAGCACAUAUAUGAGCUGGUGAAUAAUGGGCCCAGCAUGAUAAGCCACUCCCUCCUGGAGCUUCGAUGCCCCAAGAUGAUCCAGGGUCACGAGCUCAUGUACCCCUUGGAGGUGAUCACCGAGGGGCCCCUCAACUGCAGCACCAACCGUACCAUCAACCCCAGGAACCUGAAGCUACAGCAGUCUCCCACGGAUCAACCACCCCAGAUAACUCCCAGCCCUGACCACCACAUCGAGAAGAGGGAGACCCACAAAGACCAGCUGUCAGAGCUGGGAAACCUGUCCUGCACCAACGUGGACUGCUGGAUGCUGCAGUGUCACGUAGGCCUGCUGGAGAGGGGGACCAGCGUCAUCCUCAAAGUGCGCUCCCGAAUUUGGGCCGAGACCUUCGUAGAGAGGGCGUACAAACAGUAUGUGCUGGAGUGCUCUGCCCGGUACAGCGUGCAGAAGAUGCCCUAUGCCAUACCACCCAAGGAGGCCCCCAGCGGAGCUAAGAAGGUGGUGACCCCGGUGGUGUGGAACAAGCCGGACAGCCAGUACGCCGUGCCGCUGUGGAUCAUCAUCCUGGCCAUCCUGGCGGGGCUGCUGCUGCUGGCGCUGCUCAUCUACGUCCUGUACAAGCUGGGCUUCUUCAAGCGAUCCCUACCGUACGGCACCGCCAUGGAGAAGGCGCAGCUCAAACCCCAGGCAGCGUCCGAGGCCUAAACGCAGGAGCAGCUACCCAGAUCACGCCAAAAGAAUCUUUUACUCUUCGAAUUGGAAAAAGCCGAAUAAUUCACCCACAAGAUUGCAAAAGGAAACUGCGAAACUGUGUAAUGACAGCCUGCAGUUGAAGAUUUAGGAGAAAAGACCACUGGAACUCCCACUGUGCUGCACUAAAAAGAAAAAAAAAACCCAAAGAACUCAUAACCAAAUGAAUGUUUUUAAUUUAAUUUUUGUUAGUUUUAAUUUUUUGAUUAGGAGCAUUGGGGUUUGGUCUCCGAAUAUUGAGAACUUCUGCCAAACCACAGCUAGCUCCUUUUCAGGGUUAUAGGGUCAUUUGUUGUGAGGGUGAAUAUAGCCGUGAUCUGCUUACUGGUGUGUCACCCUGGGAAAGGUGUGGAGGCAAACGGAAUCUCUCCAAACACUCACAUUCAUCAAUGACUCUCUUGGUUUCAUCCUGCACUUGUUCUUUUCUUGUGUUUUUUUUUUUUCUCGCUUGCAGUUACUCAAGAAACAGGAUAUUUUUUAAAAUUUUCUAAUCACUGUUGGUGCUAAAAAUCAAGUUCACUGCUUCACGCAGCCAAUGACUGAAUGUUUCCAGUAGUGGGUGGAGGGGGCUAAACUCUGGAGUUCCCAAGCAAGGAUAGCUCCCACAAAUGAAACCAAAGACCCAGAAAACCAAGGCUUUUAAAAUAUCAGGGCCAAUGCCGUGCGUCCACUGAGGGGACACUCAUCACCAAAGACUCUAAUCCUUCCGUCCUCCAAAGGCAUUGUGUUUGGACUGGUCUCUUAAAGUGCUGAACAUGGUCGAAUGCUUAGAUCAGUUCCUCUAAGUGCCUUUUAGACUUGCUUGUCUUUAGACGAGCCAGGCCUGAGUGGUGAAAGUUAUUGUUAUAUUGUAAAUUUUUUAGUUGGUUUGGAUAAAUCUGGAGGGCUUAAAGAUACUGGGCUGUCAUUCAAGAGGACUGCAUUGAAUAUGAAACUGCAUUGUAGUGCGAAAGGCAUGUUUGUAUUAUACACUAUCAGGUCAGGGGUCCUCCAGGGGCCUCAGGAGCUUCGGCGGCAAUUCGCCACUUUCAGAAUCAGCUCACUUUCAGGUCCCUGGUGGAGAACGCAACACUUGGAGAGUUUUUAACUUGGUGCCACCAGGAAGUCUACUGAUGAAAGAUAUUGACAGCAAGAAGCGGAAUGCCUGAUGCCGUCUGAUUCCAGCUCUCUCAUUCUUCCUCAUUACCUAAUUGUCAUACACUCAUUCACACAAAGUCACCUGGGGCAUGACUGGAGCAAAAAAAAAGGACUCUUGUCAGAUCUUGUGAAACCCUUGAGUUGCUGUGGAGUGUUCUUAUUCAGGAUAUGUUCUUGCAGGCAGGCCGAACCACAACCUGAGGGCACCAUGCCCGCAAUGCAUGAUGGGCAUGGAAGUGACUUGUGAUGACCUUGUGUUGCAUUAGAAUUUGAGGCGUAGACAAUCAA